AUGCCUCUCUUCGGCGGUAGCUCUUCCUCUUCGUCCUCCUCCUCCGGGAACUCCGCAUCGUCCGAUGCUACCUCCGCGGAGCUGAAGUCGGCCCUCAUGCAGCAGGUGCAGGCUGAGGCUGCCCUGAACAACGCCCGGGCCCUGAUGACCAAAAUGAACGAGAACUGCUUCGACCGAUGCAUCCCGAACCCAGGCUCCUCGCUCUCCUCGCAGGAGUCCACGUGUCUGUCGACGUGCAUGGAGAAGUACAUCUCGAUGUGGAACACCACCAGCCGGGCAUACAUCGCGCGCAUCGGCAGGGAGAGCAAGAAGAUGGGCGGUGGAGUGGAUGCCGGGACCCUGGCCUCCUUGGGUACGCCGUCAAGCUAA